CCCUCUCUGCCUCCUUUCAGGUUUGUGGCUGUAAUUUGUAGACACUCCCUUGCCCCUGCGCAGGCCAAUCGCGGUUGUGUGAGUUUUUCGUUUCCGGGAUGUUUGGUGAUGUGGCUCUAAUCCUAAACACGACAUUUAUUAAAGAGCUCAACACCAGCAGCUGUUACCCGCGUGAGGAGGCUCCACAGCAGGUCGGCCAUGUUUAGCCGGCUGACCCAAGGCGUGACCUCCGUCCUGCAGGAGUUAUCCGGGGAGGAGCACCGCCACGAUGAUGCUGAUCCUCAGGAUGGUUUGGUGCCGAGGUUAUUAUCUGGCCCUGACGCCUCCUCAGAUGUAUCGGGUCCUUCAGAAGAGAUCCUGGACCAACUGGCUCAGACAGAACAGCUGGUGGUCCAGCUUAAAGAGCUCAUCAGAGAGAAGGACAGUCAGCUGGCCAACGCUGAGAAACUGCUCAAGGAGGAGAAGGAGCAGGGUGAUGCAAAGUUCACCAAACUGAAACUGCAGGCGAAAGCCAAGAUGGCUGCCCUAAACAAACAAAUCGCUGAGCUGAAAGGACAGGAGGGACUCAACACCAGUCAGAGUUCAGAGAGCUCCUUCACGCUGCCUUCUGGCUUGGAGGAGGAACUCCACAAGUUAAAAGAAAAGUUAAGUCAGGAGGAAUCGUCAAGUCAAAGCCUGCGAGAGCAGCUGAGAGUCGCAGAGCAGCGGAUUAAAGAGAAAGAAGAGGAGCAUGCAGAACAGGUGCAAGUUCUGCAGGCUGUAGUAAAGGACAAAGACGUGCGGUUUCAGGAGCAAAUCCAAAAGCAUGAGGAGGAGCUGCUUCAGCUCAACACCCAGGCCUCACACGAUGCCGAGCUACAGCAGGCUCUGCGUGAUUCCCAGAGGAGGAUCGAGGAGCUGGAGGAAUCCUUGCGCUCUCGUUCAGAAGUCCUGGAGAUGUUACAGCAGGAGCUCAACAGUGCAGAUGAACAGAAACAGAUUCUGACUGCACAGUUCAGACAGAUGGAGCAGGAGUUAGCCGAGGCCCAUAAACUAAGAGAACAGGAAAAGCAGCAAAUAGCCAUGCAUGCUGAGGAGCAACUCCAAGCUUUGAGAAGCAAUCUAGAGGCUUUAGAGAAGGAGAAAGAGCAGAGCAUCAUGACUCUUGAAGCAGAAUUGUCCCAAAGGACAUCUGAGCUAGACAACGUGAAAGCAAGUCUGGAUGAAAGUGUUAGUAAAGGGAAGGAAGCGGAUGCUAGCAUCGAGGCGGAGCUAACCACACUGCGAGCCAAUCUAGAAGCUUCAGAGAGACAGAGAGAGGAAGUAACGAAGAAGCUGGAGGUUGAGGUUGAACGUCGUGUGGCUGAGCUGCACCUGUUACAAGAGAAGCUCGAUGCAUUGGAAAGGGAAAGAGAGGAAGCAUCGCAGAGUGAAAGAGAGGAGUUGACACGGCUGCAGAUGGAGCUCACGUCCCUCAGAGAAAGACUGGAUGCUGGGAAAGAGGAACAGGAUGCCAGGGUACAAGCCAAGCAAGCGCUGGAAAAGCUCUGGAAGGGACUUCACUCUCUAAGCAGUGAAGGAUCUGAGGUAGAGAUGGCCGUCCCAGAAGAUCCUGCACAGGUUCUGACUGUUUUGGAAGCUAGAUUGGACAACCUGAGAGAAGAACAUCAGGAGAGAGAAGUGCGGAUGUCUCAAAUCAGCGUCACCAUAGAAACUCUGCAAGGACAGCUAGAUAAAAGCACCGCAGAGGGAGAGGAGGCAGUAGCCAGGAUUCAGCAGCUUGAGCAACAGCUUGCCAAGUGUCAGGUUACUGAUGAGCCACUGGGAGAUCAGGUGACUGACCUGUCUGUGAGGGAUUUGGAUAAAGCAGAAGAUGAAAGUGCCGCUGGACACAGUUCUGAGAAGAUUUCGGCACUGGAGCAGCAGCUGGUGGAGCAAGAGAAGGAGCUUGCUGCCCUCAGGGAACGGCUGGCGUUCACCGAGCUACAGAACCUGAAGAUUUCCCAGGAAGGAAAUUCUGACUCUCAAAAUACUGAAAAUAUUCCUGGUGUACCCGAUAGUUCUGGAGUGCUACCUGGUCUUGAAGACGUUUCAGAGGAAGACACAACACUGAUUGCAGUAGAUUCAGAAACAUCUGCUAUGUCUACAUCGGUCGUGUCGUCAUCUGCUGACAAUGAGAGCAGUCCUGAGAUGACUGGACCACAGCCUGAGUCACCUGUAGAGUUAAAGGGAGCUUCUUCUGAUGAGAUGGUAACUAGCACAGACUCAGAAGUUGCUCAUAGCAGCUGGACACUUCUGGAAGCUAUUAAUCAAGAUGCAGGUCAAGAGUGGCCUCAACAAAUUCAGGACUUAAAUGCUCUUCACCUUUCCACCCAGUCCUGGGAAGAAACUAGCGAAGAGCAGGUCACAUCUACAUGCUCGAUGGUAAAGGUAGAAUCAUCAUCCAUGGUUAUCCAGGAAACAGUACAGAUUCAAAUUAGCCAGCAGGAAUCAAACUUGCUGAAUACUGAUUCCAGUCCUAGUCAGGCUUUUGCACAGAUCCUGGCAGAGGAACUCCAGAAAAGAUACAGUGAACUCCUGAGUGAACUUCAACAAAUGAAAGAUUCAGCUGCUGACUCCCAGGAGAAAAUACACCUCCUGGAAGAAGAACUGAAGUCGCUGACAGUUGUUAAAGAUGAAGUAGAGGCAAGGGUCUUAAGAUAUGAAAGAGACUUGAUAGAAGCUCGAGCUGAGAUUCAAAGAGAAGCAGAGCAGAAAACAUCAGAGAAAGAUAGCCAGAAGAAUGUUCUUGAGGAGCAACUGGAGAGCUUGCAGAAGGAGGCUCACUCCAAGGAUCAGAAGAUCCAAUCUCUGCAGGCAGAUCUUGAUGAGAUCCAGCAGAAACUUAUUGACAAAGAAGCUCAAGCCCGGAUGCUGGGUGCACAGUUGGAGGACAGAGAACUUGUCUCCUCUGAACUGGAGGAGAAAGUCAUCACCAUGGAGGCAAGAAUUCAGCAAUUUUCUGAGGAGGCUGAGCGAGCUAAAGCUGCUCUCCUUGGCAAGACCACUGAGGUUGACGAUUUGCAGCAAUCUCUUUCCCUGAAAGAGCAGGAGAUGAUGGAACUUAGUGAUAGCAUGACUGCCAAACUGCUUCAAGCAGGUGAGGAAAAGUUUGCAAUAUCUAGUGAGGUCAGAAUACUAAAAGAGCAGAUGAUGGAACUUGAGAAAACCUGGCAUGACCAGCAGAAGUUGAAAGCAAGUAACACAGCUGAUGAAACCGAAGACUUGGUAGCUUUGCGGAAGGAGAAUGAGAACCUGAUUGCUCAAAUAGCCACCAUGAAAACAGAUGGGGAACAGCUGAAGCGAAAGUUGCAGGCAGCUUUGGUACAGCGCAAAGAGUUGAUGAAAAAGAUUGCUGGGUUUGAGAAGGAAGCAGAAGGUUGUAAAGAAAAAGUAAAUCUAGAGAGAGACGUUACCUCCGAAGAAAGAGAAAGAGAGCAGGAGCUACAGAACCUUGAAGCACAAUUACAAGAGAUCAGACAAGUCUUGAAUUGCAAAGAAGAGGCUUUGAAGGUUCUGGAACAGAAAACGCUGAGCCAAGAUCAAGCACUGGCCGAGGCGCAUGUAGAAAUCCAACGCCUGAUUGAAGAGGCUAAAGCAUUAAGUGAAAAUGAACAAAUAAUACACCAAGUUCAAGAAGAUAACGCUAGACUCCAGUCACAGGUUGCCAACAUGGAAUCUGAUAUUGAUGCAUUGCAGAAAAAGCUCCAGGAGGCUGUGGAUUCUCGUAAAGAGACUCUGCGGAAGGCAAAGGAAAAAGAUAGGCACCAUCGUGAGCAGCUGAGACAGCAGAAAGAAGAGUACAGUGGUCUGCUAGAACGUUUUGAAGCUAAGGAUGAAGAGAAAGCUAAGCUAAUAAAACAUGUGAAAGAGCUAGAAAGUCUUGUGGAAUCAAGGGAAUCAGUAGAUAAAGAAAAGCUUGUGAUUGUAGAGGAAGUGUCUGAGACUGCAACUGAGAAUGUGGAGAAACCAGGAUCAGGGGAUUGGGUUCAAGAGGAUUGGGUGGACUUUACUACAUCUGAUACUGAAAUCAGUCAGCAAGAACCACCUGCUGAGCAACCUCCACAGACCACAUCAGGAAAUCAUGAGAGUGUUAUAAAUUCCCUUCAAGACAAGGUAAAAUCUGAACAAGCUGCCCGUGUGGAUUUAGAAAUACAGCUGCAAGAAAGCCAGGCAUCUCUAUCACUCAAGGAGACUGAGUUGCUUGAGCUCAGCAAAGAGCUGGAGACAUUGAGGACCAAGGAGAAACAGAUUGAUUCUCUUUCAGAAGAGCUGGAUGCUUUGAGAAAAAAGUGUGAGCAAGCAGAAGCCCAUGCAGAAAUGUUAAAGGCGGAAGUGGAGGAGGCUGCCAUUGUGGUCAAGACGAGCAUCUCUGAUGCAGAAUCUCCUGUUGUAGCUCUUCAGGCAGAAGUGGAUGAGUUUAAGCAGUUCCUCCAAAGCAAAAAUGAUGAGAUCAAUGAUCUAAGCCAACAGCUGAGUGAGCAGAGCUUCCUUCUACAGAAAAUGCAGGAGACCGUAUUGGAGAAAGAUCAGCUGAUCGCUUCCUUACAAGAGGGAUUGAAAGCUGAGCAAGAGAAUCGUCAAAAACUGGAAGCAGAAAUUCCACAGAAGCAGCAGGAGGAGAAAGACAACAAUGCCAAGUUACAGCAGCUACAGCGCAAAUUUCAGGCUGCUCUGGUAUCACGAAAGGAAGUUCUCAAAGAAAACCAAACCUUAAAGGAAGAGCUGACUAGUGCUGAGGAGUUGAGAUCAGAGUUGCUAGCAAAGAUUACGAAUAUCGAAGUAAAUCUGAGUAAUCUAAGCACAGAGAAAGACAAACUAAUUGAAGAGGUGGAUAGGACCUUGCUGGAGAACCAGAGUCUUGGUGCUACCUGUGAAAGCCUUAAGCUAGCAAUGGAUGGUCUGCUAAAUGAAAAAGAAAUGUACAAACGCCAAGUUGAAAGUGCCAGAGAAGAAGCUGAGCAAACAUCCAGGCAGUGGGAAGAAAAGGUGCAAGGCAUGAAGGAGGAGUACGAGACCUUACUGAAGUCAUAUGAGAAUGUGAGUGAUGAAGCUGAGCGGGUUAGAAGAGUGCUGGAGGCUGCAAGACAGGAAAGGCAAGAAUCCGUGGCCAAAGCAAGGGUCUAUGAAUCAGCCAAACAAGAGGCUGAAAAGGUAGCGGAGGAAGCUCAAAAGGAAGUAGAUACUGUGAAGGAGAAAAUGAGAAAGUUUGCCAAGACAAAACAUCAGAAAAUUAUGGAUCUAGAAGAGGAGAAUGAGAAGCUUAGAGAACAAGUAGAGAAGAAAGGAACCAAAGAACAAGACACCAAUUUGGAGCAAGAGCUUGAGGGAGUUAAGAAUGAGUUUGAUGCUUUGAAAGCAAAUUUUGAUUCAUUAGAAGCUGAACGAAAUUCUUUGGAACGGGAAACUGAAAAACUGAAACAACAGCUGGCUCAAGAAAUGGAUAAAAAGAACAGUGUAAUUUUGGAUGUUGGUUCCUCUGAGGAAGUUAAGGAACGUGUAGUUGCUCAGCAUUUGAGCCCUGUUUUAACUGAAAACCAAGAAGAUCUAGCUCUUCGUAGUGUUUCCAGAGAAUCUAAUCUGUUUGAGCAAGAAAUGGUAACUAAGAUUGAAAGGACUGAAAGCCAACACAUAGAAACUGAUAAGCAGCUGAAGGAAAAGGAAGCAGCACUUGAGGUAGCAGAGGGCAAGUUACAAGAACUACAAGCAGCUCUUGAAGAUGAGAAAAGAACCAGAGUUGAACAAGAAACACUGCUUAAUGCAGAGUUAUCUUCUCUUAGGCAACACCUUCAAGAGUCUGUAGAACGAGAAGAGAAGUUGAAACAGGAGUGCUCAAAAAGAGAAACCCAGCUUCAGGUGACUCACACAAGACUUGAAGACAUGAUGGGAACCAGUGUUGAUCAGGAAUUUUUGCUUAAUUCAGAGCUGUCCUCUCUUAAGCAAUAUCUUCAGGAGUCUGCAGAAAGAGAACAGAAGCUGAAGGAAGAGUGCUCUAAGAAAGAAAAUCAGCUUCAGGAACUUCGCACAAGCCUAGAGGUUGAGAAGGAUGACCUUGAAGAACGACUGAUGAACCAGUUAGCCCAGGUCAAUGGCAGUAUAGCAGGUUACCAACAGGAGGCAGCCGAGAGCCGAGAUCGCCUUGCAGACCUGCAGCGAGAAUUGGAGAAAGUGCAGAGGGAACAAUCUGAAUUGGAGGCCAUGUUGGCAGCGGAAAGAGAUCGAGCAGCCAGGCUUGAGGAAGAUAAAAGACAGGCUCAGCGAGAAAGAGCUGAGGCAGAAGCGGAAGCAGGCAAACAGAGAGAGCUUGAGCAGAAGCUAAAAUCUGCACAGAGAGUGAAGGAAGGUAGCCAGAGCCGAGCACGUCAGCUUGAGGAGCUGUUGAGAGAGAAACAGCUGGAGGUCCGACAGAUGCAAAAAGACUGCAUCCAGUACCAAGAAAGAAUCAGUGUACUAGACCGGGAAGCUAAAGCUCUCCUGUUGGGUAGAGAUGAGGUAUCUAAUGAGCUUGAAGCAGCUCACCAGGAGAUGGCAAAGAUCAAAGAAGAGAGAAGCAGACUUGAAUCAGAGUUGUCGACAUAUAAAGGGAAGCUGGAUAUGGCUCAGGGUGAGGUGAGCCAGGCACUUGCUGAGAAAGUGGCCUCUGAACAACUGCUACGUCGGCGAGAGGCCGAGUUGAAGUCCGAAGCUGAACGAACCCUUGAUGAGGUGAGAUAUCGCUUAGGAGCAGAGCUUAAACAGAUGGAACUAAGGUUGGAGCAGGCCUAUAGAGACAGAGAAAGAGAAGAAGAAGCAACUCUUGUAGCUAAGAAUAUUGCAGAUGCUGCACAGAAAUAUGCCCAGGAAACACAAGCACGUCUGGAUGAAUCGCUAGCACGACUGGCUGCCUUCUCGCGAUCCAUGUCCUCGCUGCAGGAUGACCGUGACCGCGUUCUGGAUGAAGCUAAACAGUGGGAGAACCGCUUCCACAGCGCCCUCCAAGGUAAAGAGGCUGAACUGAGGGAAGCCGAAAGCAGAGCUAAAGACCUAUCUGAGCAACUUCAGAAGGAGACAACACAAAAAGAGCAGCUGCAGAGCUCAUUGGAGAGGUUGGAGAAAGCAGAGGAGCGGUGGCAGCUGGAGUUGUCCGAGGCGGAGAAAAAGCACAAUGAAUCUCUAAUUGCUUUGGAAAAAGAAAGAGAAGAGUUGCAGCAGAAACUGACCCAGGCAGAAAGCUCUCUGGCCCAGGCACAGUCUCAACUGACCUCCCUGGAAGCGGAAGCAGAAGGGCUACGUCAUCGAGCUAAGGCUCUAGAAGAAGCAGUUGACAAGCUUCAGAGUGAAGCCAAUCAGGCCAGGGCUGAACUUAAGGAGCGAGAAACAGAAGAAAGAAGGUUGUGCUUAAAUCUGGAGCAACUAGAGACAGACCUGCGUGCCUCUAAGACCCUUACAGACACACUUCAAGCAGAGUUGGCUGAGAAGCAGAAGAGAGAAAUGGAGCUCCUUGGAGAGAAGGAACACGCCGUCACUCAGGCUGUGGAGGAGGCCAGGAAGGAGGCAGACAGCAGGGCAGAAAAAGCAGAGAGACAGCUGGAGGAGAGAAGAACAGUUGUGAGAGAUCUUGAGGAGAGGCUUCGUAAAACUGAGGAGGAUGCCAGCCAAAGCAAAGCUCGAUUGGACACCUUCACAAAGGCUAUGGGAUCCCUGCAGGAUGAUCGAGACAGGGUACUAAGCCAAUAUAAGCAGUUAGAGGAGCGACACCUCCAGGUAAUGAUGGAGAAGGACGGUCUCAUUCAAGAAGCUGCUACUGAGAACAACGGCUUGAAGGAGGAGCUCCGUGCCCUUCUGGCCCAACGUGAUGACCUCCAUGCUGAAAACGCCAAGCUGGACGCUCAACUCCAUGGCUACCGAGAUGAGUUAAAGGAGGUUCUCUCUAUGAAGGACUCCCAGCAUAAGAAGCUGCUUUCAGUCCAUCUUGAACGUAUCAGUGCCUUAGAAAAAGAGGGAGAAGAGUUCAAGGCCAAGAUGGAGGUUUUGGAAAAAGAAGCUUUGGUAAAAAGAGGACCUGCAGUGGAGCAUGAGAUUUUGAUCCAGUCUGGACAGGUUGAAGCGGUGCGCCAUGAUGCUCCUGGUGCAGAGCUGGAGAAGCUAAGGGAGCAGCUUCAGGCAGCCAGGAAGAAGAUCACCACCCUUGAGGAAACACUAGCAUCUGAAAGGGAGGCAUAUAAAGCCCACAGUAAGGAGUUGAAAGAGCUGCGCUGGGAGGGCGGCAUACUUCGGACUGAGACUGAGACGGCUGAGGAGAGGGUGGCUGAACUGGCCAGAGACUUGAUGGAAAUGGAGCAGAAGUUGCUAGCAGAGAAAGAGGCAGCAGCUCAGCUCCAAGCUCAGAACCAGGCCUUCGGUCAAGCCAUGGCCUCUUUGCAGGAUUCACGUGACGAAGCCAUCAGUGAAGUGAAGGAACUGCGCCUUCGCAUGGAAGAGAGUCACCGAUUGGGACACUCAUCAGCACCACCUAGCAGCCCUACUGGUGAAGUGUGGAGUCUGAAGAAUGCCCUUUCUGCACUCCAGAAUGACCGGGAAAGAAUGCUCGAACAGCUGCAGAUGCAACGCAACGAGCUGGACAGACUCGGAUCCGGAGAGCUCACAAGACUUACUAAGAUCCUGGAGGAGGAAAGGAAGAAGACAGAAGAGACAGAGAAAAGGAUGACUGUGCUGCUACAGGAGAGAGAUACACAGCUGGAGAGGGACAGACAGGAACUGGAGAUGCUCAAGCUGGAGCAUAGCGACUUGCAGGCUCAAGCCGAGUCGCUGAGGAAGCAAACUCUAGCAACGCUUUCUGAACGUGACCAGCAGAUACGCCAACUCGGUGCCAUGCUGGAGGAGGCGCGAUCAUCAGAACCAAAACUACUGCAGGAACACACACACAGACAGGGAAGAAUUGCCGAAGACAGCGCCCCUGGAGGCCCGCUCGGGCAUAGCGAGGACUAUAAAGCAGAAUGCGUUCUUCUCCAGAAGAGGUUGGAUGAGGAGAUGGAGCUGAGGCUCAGCGUACAGGAGCGGCUCUCAGCAGCACAGGAUCAUCUCAAACGAUACACGCAGGAUGAGUGGCACUCAGGACCGCGGGACGUUCACUCUGAGACAGCGGUGCUUAUCGAGCCACCGGAGGGCGCUGUUACUCGGAGCCGGAGUGGAGGCCCAGGACUGGUGCGAAUGCUACGAGGAGCUUUCUGUUCCCGCCAGAGAACGCCGCUGCUCGUGUCUCUGUACUUACUGACGAUCCACGCCGUGCUGCUACUCUGUCUGGGAGGAUAUCUCUGAGAGAGAGACAGAGAGAGAGAGAGAGAGAUGGAGAGGGAUGGAGAGAGAGAGAUGGAGAGAGAGAAGCUUUACACUUUCUCUUUACAGAGAAACAAGGAUAACAAAGGGAGAGAGUCUAUCUCCGAGAGGGAUCGACAGUUACAGAACGUGUACUGACUUACAAACAGGGCGAACUUUUAUUUUUUUUUUACUUUUUUUAUUUUAUUUUUUUUAAAGGAAGGAAUUUCUUAGCUAAAUUGCCAAAGUCUUCCUCAUGGAGUUUCAUCGACGUGGCCAAAACUCUCACUGCCAAAAUCUACACUAUAUCACAGGGGCCAUUAAAAUAGUGUCAUUAUGUAGAAUUAGUGUAAACAUUCGACCACAUUCCAGGCGACUAAAAACUAUUUUGAUUAAAAAUCUACAUUCAGUAGUGCAGGAAUGUUACUGUAAUAUAAUAUAGUGCAAUGCGAGAGGUCAGAAUUCUCCAUGAUUCAGUGUCACACUGCUGCAGUACUACUACUUAUUAUAUAGUUUAUAUAUAUACAUUAAAUAUGAAGGAUUGCAGCAUUUUACACAAAAUUUUAUGAGAAACAGGACCUUCAUGAGCUGUGAGUUAAGAUCUUCAGAUCUUCUAAAGAUGCAGCAGGUGAAAUGAUGAAAUGUUUGAGAUAUUUCUCAGAAAUACAGUAAUUACAAGAUGAAGAUUUAGAGAUUCUAACUUGGACAUGUUCGUCUCCAUGGAGUCAAGAAAUUAGUCGUUUUUCUAUUUCUGUUUCCGAUCUGCUCAGAUGAGAAACUCUGGAGGAACCUAUGUGCUAUGUUUGUACAAUGUUAAAUCAAAUUAAAGCAGCGGUCAGUGAUUUUUUAAGUCGAAUGCUUCUCCUCAUAUUGACCCAGCUUCAUUAAAACGUCUGCUCAGAGGAGCAACUCCGUAUAAUGGAGACUGCCAACUUCCAACCAAUCAUGACACAGUAGGAAAAGACAGGAGUCAUAAUUGUACAAUGUUGAAUCAGAUUAAAGCAGCAGUCAGUGAUUUUUAAGUAAAAAAUUUCUCAUAUUGAGUCCACUUCAACAAAACAUCUGCUUAGCUCAAAGGAGCAACCAGUCAGGACACAGCGGCGUCUCCACCUGUCAGUCAUGUUGUUUGUCACUUUAGAAAGCUCCGCCCACCUGCAGACGUUUUCAUGCGUUCUAGCCUUACACAUGUGUAAAUCACGAUAAAAUCAAGCACAAACUAAAACCACCAGCUUUUUUCACAGUGAAACGGUGUAACUUUGGGAUUUAAAGGUGUAGUCUGUGAUUUUAGCAGAAGCUAGCUCUUUGAAAACUCAAAAAAAAUUCACCCCCUUUCUAAAUUGAAGGGCAACAUGAUUGACAGGCAGGUAGAGACGCCGCUGUGUCCUGAUUGGCUGGAUGUCGGAUGCUGCCUCAAUAUGACGAGAAGUGUUUGACUUAAAAAUCACUGACUGCUGCUUUAAUUUAAUUUCCCAUGGUAUAAACACAUUACAUUUCCUGUCAGUUCCCACUUAAAAAGUAACGUGUUUAAACUUAAACAGUUGAAAAGUGUUAAGCUGACUUCUAGCUAUCAUAACAUCGUUUUGUCGUUGUGUGUGUUGCCAUAGAAACGACUGAUUUUGGAAUCUGAGGCGAGUCUGACGCGGAGCUCCGAGUCGAAUCACUGAUUUCUUCAUCUUGUAAUUACCGUGAUGUUAAAUUGAUUCCUUCGUAUUUUAGUUUUUAAUGUAGGGGAUUUCUUAGUCUUCUUCUUUCCUGACUUCGCUGUUGCCGUGGUAACAACUCUAAAUGACUGCAGCUCACUACGAAUGGUGCACAUUCCACGAUCAGGGUUUUAAUCUGGACUUUAUUCGUUUAAAUCAGAUCAAGUAAAACACUAAUUACAGGGUUCGUGUGACUUUUCCCCUCGUCCUGCGAGCUCCUUUCCCUUUUAAGGACUUUGAUUGUGUUGGGAUCGGACGUGGUCCUGAUGUUAACUCUUUGUUUACCGGGUGAUUUUAAGCACAGCCCUGACUGGGCUUCCUGUUUUACCUGUAUAAUGACCUGUAAACCAUCCGUUUCCUCCUCUGUGUUUCUUCGUAGUUAUUUUUUGGAAAUAAAGCUUAUUUAUAAUAAGGGA